AUGCUAGCGGAUUAUGUCUAUAUAAAUCAGCUACGAAAUAAAAUUACUAGUACGCUUCUACUAGACGUGAAAGGGGCAUAUAACCACAUGUCUAAGAACCGGCUACUUAUAAUUCUUAAGGAUUUAGCCUUUCCCAAUUCGGGCCUAUUUAGGUCACAUGCAGUCAAAUUUAUCUCUUAUAUAGAUAAUAUUACUCUCUCUUAUGUAUUAACUAGCCCCUACAAAAACGUUAAGAUACUGCAGCUAUCUAAACUAAUUCACUUUAGCAUAGGCGAAUGCGCUAAGCUAGCGUCCCUUAUACUCCUAGAUGGGACUAUAGUCCCCCUAAAGCAGAUAGUUAAGUGGCUUGGCAUUUACUUUAAUGCUCUAUUACAAUUUAAGGAGCAUAUUACUAUCCGCACUACUAAGGCUAAGUCCGCAUUUAGAUGCUGGCUAAUAGCAAAUGAGGGCUUAGUCCUACUGCUUUUAGAUAGCUAUACCUGGCUUGUAUUACUAGCAUAUCCAACUAUAUAUUACCAAUUUAGUGGCAAGGCUAAGCAUACGCAAAAGACCACCUAUAGCACCUCUAAAAUUUGGCACUACGCAAAAUCCUAG